AUGAAAGAAGUGAUUCAAAUAGAAGCAUUGGAGAUUAUCACUGAGCGACAAGUGGAGUAUUCUCAACGAUUUUCUCCCUUUUACCGAUCGCAAGUGUCUUUAAACCAUGUUCAUAGAGCAAUUCCAACAGGUGACUGGCAAUGGGACGGGCAUGGGUUGAGCAAUGAACAUCACUCCCCAAUUUCCAACUUGAAAGAAUUUUCCAUAUUUACAAGCUCUCUCACUCUCGUGAAAAUUAUUCCACAAUUGCCCAAAUUAACACGACUCUGCCUUCAGGUUACCGGUAAUUUAGAAAUUCAAAUUUUUGAUAUGGCCUCAAUAAUUUCUUGCACGUUGCAUGACCUCAAAUAUCUAAGAAUUGAACUUCAAGGGAUUAGUCAUUCGUUAUCCAAAAGUGGCCAAAAAUAUCCAAUUUCUAUCAUGAACAAUAUUGAACAAUGUGUGCUCAAUGUUAGAAGUUUGUUUGCCAGUAACUAUGAAGAUAUUGUUGGAGCCAUAGUGUUGUUUUACAUUAUCAGUUUUCGUGGACUAUUUUCAUUUUCGUGUUUAUAUAAUGAUGCUUUUGUUCAACCCUUGCUUGAUCAGGCAAAUCAAUCAAAUAACAGUGUUGAGGAGUUGUUGGAAAUGUGUUUGGAUAAAGUAAUACAAGAUUGCAUUUUCGAGGAAAAAUCAGACCAAACAUUUAUGGCCAACCUGAAAGAGGCAUUUAUUAAGGAAAUGAUUGAAAAGGCAAUUGAAAGAUAA